AAUAUUCAAAAUGUAAUACUGUAGAGAAAUGGCCCGGCGUAGAAGACCACCCGAACACUCCCCCUACAAAUCGUAAUACUCUCACGCAAGUCUUCAAGACGUCAAAGAAACCAAAAUGGAUCAUAGCGUCAAAGCCAUGACAUCUCGUCGACUUAUGUCGCGAUUGCUCAACCCUCAUCGCUUCGAAAAUGACGAACUGGAACAGUUGUACCAGCGGUACAUUUGUAAACUGCAACAUAGCAGCGUUGCAGCUGUGGUAGCAUUGUUCGUGGUGUUGACGUUUCUUUUGGCUAAUUUGGGACUGGCAUAUGCUCAAGCGGCGACUGCGCAAAAUGUCUACCAUGCUGCGCAUUGUCUGCUUUUUGCGUUGUUGCUGGGAUUCUUGCAUACAAGAUUUAUGCAAGAUGCCUAUCUGCUAUGGGUUUGCUAUGUGGUACUUUUCUUUUUGGCUACAUUUUGUGCAUUAGCUUUGCCGCUCUACCCAACAUCAUCUGCGGCAAAAGUAGCAGCAGAAGGCACAUGGCAAGUCGUAUUUGUUGUCUUUUUGGCUUAUGCCAUGAUGCCUUUGAAGAGUUACGUGGCUGCGAUUUUUGGAUUCGUCUUGUGCACAGCACAUAUGGCCGUGGCAGCUGUGUUUUCCACGGAGUUCCAUGACCUUAAGUGGCAACAGUUAAUUGCCAAUGUAGUAAUUUUUCUUUGCGUUAACGUCGUGGGAGUCUUCAUGCAUAAUUUGAUGGAACAUGCACAGAGAAAAGCCUUUUUGGACACACGAAAUUGUAUAGCUGCUAGAUUAGAAAUGGAAGACGAAAACGAAAAAUUGGAACGUCUUCUCCUGUCUGUGUUACCACAACACGUUGCCAUGGAGAUGAAAAAUGAUAUUAUAUCACCGGUCGAAGGUCAAUUUCAUAAAAUCUACAUUCAGAAACACGAGAACGUGAGCAUAUUGUUUGCGGAUAUCGUUGGUUUUACGGUGCUAGCCUCGCAGUGUACGGCCCAGGAGUUGGUGAGGUUGUUGAACGAAUUAUUUGGACGUUUUGAUCAAUUGGCUAACGAUAACCACUGUUUGCGGAUAAAAAUCCUCGGUGACUGCUACUACUGCGUUUCAGGUCUUCCAGAACCAAGGACUGAUCAUGCGCAUUGCGCUGUAGAGAUGGGACUGGAUAUGAUCGACGCAAUUGCGAGCGUUGUGGAAGCUACAGAUGUCCAACUGAAUAUGAGAGUCGGAAUUCAUUCUGGAAGAGUACUUUGCGGAGUCCUGGGUCUUAGAAAAUGGCAGUACGAUGUAUGGUCGAAUGACGUAACACUAGCUAAUAAUAUGGAGGCUGGCGGUGAACCAGGGAGAGUUCACAUUACCCAAGCCACAUUAGAUUAUUUGGGAGGAGAAUAUGAAGUUGAACCUGGAAAUGGCACGUCUAGAAACCAAUAUCUUCGGGAUCACUGCGUCACCACAUACUUCAUAGUACCACCAGCUAGACGGAGAAAGCCACUGUUGUUCAACACGCUGCAGGUUCGAUCGGCUCUGGGUGCUGCCCAGCGGAGGAAGCUGUCCUUCAAGAACGUCUCCAACGUCGUGGUGCAGCUGCUUCAUUCCAUCAAGUACUCCAUGGAGGUGCCUUUCUCCAAUAUGGCGCUGCAGACGGAUCUCAAGGCGACGAACGCUAGGAAGAACAAAGUAACAGAAAAAUUCAAAAGACCAUUUAAAAAAAGGCAUUCCAGCGUUUAUCACCAGCCGUCGAAUAGGGUGAAUAAAUAUUUGGCUCAAGCUAUCGAAGCAAGGAGCGUCGAUAGAGAAAAAUCAACGCAUGUCAACUUGUUCACACUUUGUUUCAAGGAUCGACAAAAAGAAGAUCAGUAUCACCACGACAUCGACGUGGGUUACAGUUCGACUCUAGCCUGUGCCUUGGUUCUCCUGGUACUGCUAAGUACUCUUCAGGCAGUAGUACUACCAAGAACCACCAUUUUGUUCAUAUUAUUUCUAGUCGCUUUCGUUUGGAUAGCAGUACUGUUGAUGCUAUUGUUGGCUGUAAGACUACGAUGGAUACUUUGGGAUAUAUCUCAAAGUUUUGUUUUAAGACUGGCUAUUACUGUAUUUACCAUUAUUUUAGUGUAUACUGUAGCACAGGUUAAUGUGUUCACAUGCCUGCCAGACACCAAUUGCAUACCUCAUACGACUGUUAACAUCACCCUGGAUGGUAGGGACCAUAGGGCUUGCCCAUUACCGCAAUACAUCGUCCUCUCUUGUGCCCUUGGAUAUUUGGCUGUGGCUAUAUUUUUAAGACUUCCGAUUUUACUUAAGGCUACGUUACUCGUCAUCAUGUCUACGGUGUAUAUUCUCCACAUUGAACUGUCUCAUAUUGAGUUGUUCUUUUGCUAUGAUAUUAGAGUAAGCUCUAUCAUCCCACUUCACGUGAUAAGUGUCGUUGAAGUAUUAAUGUUCGUGUUAGCUGUUCUCCUUCAUGGCAGACAAGUAGAAUGGACUGCAAGGCUCGACUUUCUCUGGCAGAUCCAAGCCAACGAAGAGAAGAGGGAAAUGGAUGCUCUACAACACUCAAAUAAAAGAAUUCUCUUUAACUUGCUACCUGCUCAUGUAGCUACUCAUUUUUUGGAUAACCAAUUUAGAAAUAAUAUGACUAAUCUAUCGCAGGAACUUUACCAUCAAAGCUACUCCCGCGUAGGCGUCGUAUUCGCUUCAAUAACAAAUUACCACGAGUUUUAUACCGAACUAGACGGUAAUAACCAAGGCGUAGAAUGUCUGCGACUACUUAACGAAAUCAUAGCUGACUUCGAUGAUCUGCUUUCUGAAGAAAGGUUCAAAGCCAUCGAUAAAAUCAAAACCGUGGGUUCGACGUAUAUGGCGGCAGUUGGACUCAUGCCUGAUCUACGGAUAUUAGACGAUGACGAAACUACUGCAGGUACUCAUCUAAGUACCUUAGUGGAAUUCGUUUUUGCCAUGAGGGAUAGACUGUUAAAUAUUAAUGAAAAUUCGUACAAUAACUUUAUGUUAAGAGUUGGUAUUAACAUUGGACCUGUAGUGGCUGGAGUUAUAGGUGCCAGAAAACCGCAAUAUGACAUCUGGGGAAAUACAGUCAACGUUGCAAGUCGGAUGGAUUCCACAGGUUUACCUAACCAUACUCAAGUCACUGAAGAAGUGUUUCACGUAUUGAGAUCUUAUCCCUACGAGUUCCAGUGUCGUGGAAAAGUAAAAGUGAAAGGAAAAGGUGACAUGACAACAUAUUUCUUAAUAGACAGAAAACAACCUGGUACUCUACGAGUUGAAGAACUAAACAACAUAAGGACAACCUCGAAUAAUGCGAACAACAUCAACAACAUGUACGGUGGUGUAGCUACACCUCUCGCCCUGCUUCACCAUGGUGAUUUAAACAAUGGUCGCCCCAAACACAACCCGCUUCAGUCCCGCCAAUCAUCUAGAGAAGAUUCGUAUACUGCAUCCAGAAACGUCAUGAGGUUACCUCCUCUUAGGGAAAGUGUGUCGCAUCAUGUCAAUGGAUGUGAGAACGAGCCACUACUACCUAAUUUCAGGAAUGGAAAGAAGAAAGGAAUAGUUGCAGAGGAAAGUUUACCUCCGCCUCCUUUGCCUCCACAUAAAAAUAAUAUACAUAGACAAGCAACGCCUGAGAUGAGAUAUAAUCCUCCAUGGCCAAUACCAGUAGAUAACAGUAAACCAUAUUUAAAACCACUACCAAAACCUCCUGGAAAAGAAUCACCCAACAGACAUACUAGGAAACAUAACAUCGCUCCCAUACCACCUCCCCAUCAACAACAGUCUCAUAUGCACCAGCGUACCCCUGAACAUACACCUGAACUACUUCGAAAUAAAAUCCAGACCCGUCACAAUCCUUUAGCUCAGUCCCGACACAGCCCUCAUCAUCACCGGCACUCCCCUCUUCAGCGUCAUUAUUCAGAUGAGAGUAUAGGUGGUGUAUACAAUCCUGGAAUACCUCAGAGGAUUCAUUCUUCCGCCGACGAGAUAAGCUCAUUGAAUCAUUCACCUAGUAUUAGUAGUUCUGAUGAAAGCUACAGUAGGACUACUGACGCCGAUGCUAGUCCCUGCGUAUCUCCACCAUUACCUGCUGAUGCGCAGCAAUUUUUAUUUCCUUCGGAUAUUCAGGUUAAUCCUUUAUCUUCACCUGAAGUCUCGCCAAGGGCUUCUUUGGACUAUAUACCUCCUAAUUGUUCUCUCAGGAACACGUCUGAUUCUAAAAGAAAUAAUCUGGCUCCAGCUGCUUUGCUAGCGCUAGCAGGUACUUGUAAUACUGUAGAUUCUUCCAUAAUUACCAGUCCCCCAGUAUUGGAUGGCGAAGACAGUUGUCGAGGAGAAAGCUGUGCUAGCUUCGAGUUUGUUACCAAACCAACACCUUUACUAAGGAGUAUUAGUAGUAACGGUUCCAGGGGUGCAGCGAGUUCUAAGAAAAUUCUUAAUUUGGAUAAGCACAGGACUCGAACUGACAGCGACUCUAUUUUAGAAUGUAACAAAUUAACUUCCUCGUGUAAGAGGUCCCCUAGUUUUAAAGAAGCUGAUGAAAUCCGACAGCUGUUACGAGAAGAAGACAACAAAACAACAGUUAGUACCGAAAAAAGUUGCAAGAAAGAUGGUAGUUGUCAGACCGAUAAGAAAGAUUUAAGGAAGUUAAGAAGCCCUGUUAGUUUUAGAGAAAAGACAAGCCCAAUAAAUAAAAUUACUAACAUACCGUUUGAAAGAGAAAUCCAAAAAUUGUUGGAUGAGCAGAAUUUGUUGCAGAACAUACCACCAAAAUUGGAAUUAAAGGAGCUGGCUCUGGAACCUCUAGUUAGGUACGCUCCAAACAACAACAACCAUCAAGUUGGUCUAGCUGCUAUUCAAGCGUUAGCGCUGGGUUUACGAGGAGCUAAUAAUGGCGCCAACAACAUCUCGACACUGAAUAACAUGUCGACUCUGAACAACAUGUCACCAUCGCCAAGAGCAAGCAGCAAGGAAGGGUCGCUUAAGAGAGGUGCCUCGCCCGGAACCCCGGGGCAGGAUGCCGUUAAGUUGGCCAAGGUGUCGCCUCUUGACAGGUGUCCAAGAACUGCCGAAGAGGAAGAUAUUGACUUAGACUGUGAUAUGCCCGAAGUUAAUCGACAGGAUGAUGAUACUGAUCUGGAAAGCUUCGAAAGGGAAGAGAGGCUAAUGGAGGAAGAAGCCGCAAAGCUUCCUGUGGAUAAAGAACUGGAGGCUGAGGUCAAACGACUUUUAGAAGAGAAAAUUCAGGAAAAGCUUCGAAAUCUUGAAAAUAUUGUGUUAGAACCACUAGGACAAGAGAGAACAAGCACAGCUGCUGAAGCGAGUCCUUCCGAAUGGUCUGAAGAUGAAGAUGGGGGAGCCUCCGAACCUCUUCUAAAUGACAGAGAAUCUACCGGCUAUACAACGGAUGAUCCUGCAUUAGAGAAUAUUUCUAUGAUUAAUGAGACUGGAUUGACAGAUGCAGAAGGAGCUUUAAGUGAUGUAAACUCGGCAUACAUAGACCACAACCAUGAUGCAGACAUGGACGACAAUACCUCAAUGUCAUCUCGUGCUUCAUCUAGGAUAUUCGACUCGGAUGCCAUGAUGUCACUGGACUCGCUGAGUGCUCUCUACGAUUCCGAAUACGACAAUUGUUACCGCACCGACGACGACUUAAACGCAGUGCCGGACUUAGACAGACUAAACUAUUUUUCAGUGCCCACUGACGAUGUGCAUUUGGCCAAUAUACGGUCCAUGAGUGAAAGCAUCACUAGAAAUUUCGGUCAACCCAGGAGCGAGACUGAUCCUGAUAGCGACGUUUAGGAAAUAUACUAAGUUUCUUUUAUUGGGAAAACGAAUUAACAAAAUCGAAUAAGAGACUAAAGGGAUGUGUGACGCGGGGCUAAAUUUUAAGACUAAAACCAGACAAAUAAUAGAAAAUCACAAAAAUAUACAUCAUGAUCGUUGGUGAAAUAUUCUCCACUUAUUUUGGCAAUGUCUAUCUAACUUUAAAUUUGUAAAACAUAAGAUCGAUACAGUACUUAAUCAUUAUACCAAUAUAAUGUUGAUAGUUAACAUGUUUAUACAAACUUGUAUUAUUUUUAACCAUGGUACAUAAAAGUAUUUGAAAUUUAAUCAGUUUUUAUUUAUUUAAAAUUAUAUCCAUUAUUCUAUGAAUGCUAUUAAUUUUUGCAUACCUAGUUUAAAUAGUGUUCAAGACGUGCAGCAUAACCGUAAUAGUAAUAGAAAACAUAAUUUUACCUCUGAUAUUGCAAAUUGUGACAUUAUUGAAAAAUGAGUGAAAAUGUUACUAAGCAUGAUUUACUGAACAUCUAUGUACUCGUAUUUUCUAUUCUUUUCGUUUUCUUAACCCUAUUUUACCACUUUGAAGUUUCCAUUGCUUUCCAUCUCUCCUUAAUUCAGUUGUCUUUUUUUUAUCUUUUUUAAAAAAUGUGAAGUCUUUUUAUAUGUAACAAAUUUGCAAAACAUAUAUUGAAUCGACUCGAAACCUUAACGGACUGGCGGGAUUCACUACGAUGUUUGUAGUUCAUUAGGUUUACUGUUUCAUCCAUACUACAAAACAUCUUUCAAACGUAGCAGUAUAAGAUUCAAAGUGGAUCUGCAGCUUCGGAUUCGUAUUCGAAAGUAAGUUAAAUCGGCCGAUGGAUGAGUAGUACGAUGAGGAUGCGAUAUAGGGUCUGACGUCUCAGUGACGACAUACAUAUUCUUCUUGUUGUGCCUAUUCGUGACGAGUGUUGGCGGUCAUCAUGGAAAUAUUUAUCUUAUUUGCAGCAAGGCCGAAGAACUGUCCAUAUGUUGUGUUGAACCAGGUGCUGAGGCUUUUUAAUCAGGAUGUUCAUAUUCAUCUUGGACCUCGCUUUCCGAAUAUUAAUACUUGCAGAAGGGCUUGUAGGAAAAUGUUUUAUAUAUUUAUUUAUAUUUAAAAUUUAUAUUUAUAUAUUUAUAUUUAAAAAAGAUAUCUGGAUUCAGUUCGCAUAAUGUGUCCGAAAUAUUGUAACUUUCGAAAUUUAAUGGUGGUUAGUACCGCUCGGUUUUUCUUCAUUCUUCUGAGGACCUCCUCAUUUGUGACCCGGUCACGGGAUUUUAAGUAUUUUCCUAUAUAGCCACAUCUCACAUGCUUCCAAGUUUCUGCACAUAUCUUCAUUCAAAAUCCACGAUUCAACACCAUAAAAAAGGAAAGAAGAUGUAGCAUCGCAGCAUUCUUACAUUCUUAUCUCUUGGUUGUUACAUAAUGUGUAUACGCUGUGAGCUCGUACGUAGAGGGGAUAUUUAUAAAUUCGCGAGCGCCAGUAGUGACAAGUCGGUAAACGUUUACCGGAAAUUUGACAUAAAUGUCAAAGUGAUUAAUUUAAAAUUAAAAUUAAAAACAUUAAUUAUAAAAAAUAUUAGUUGGUCAAAGCUGUGGUAUAUAUUUUUACCUUAAAUAUACUUACGUUUUAAAUGCUGAAUUUACGUUUUUUUAAUGUUCCGUAAUAUGUAAUUAUAAAUUAAUCUAUUAAUCUUAGCGCCAUCUACACGAUAAUUGUGAAAGUAUCCGAAGUAAGAAAUUAAUAUUUCAUCAAUAGAACGUCAAAAUGAUUAGCAAAAUCUUAAAAAAAUCUAUUACAACUUAAUUACUUUUUAGCGUUGUAAAUAUUAAGCGAUAACAAUUAAAUAAUAAAUUUAAAAAUUACUGGUGAAAGUUGAAUUAUUAAUCCGCUAGGAGCGACACCAGCGAAGCUCAGAGCGUAUAACAUACAUACUUAAUAUGAAUAUAUAAUUUUGUUUAAAAUUAAUUCAAUUUUUUAUUUUUCAUUCACCUACAAUAGCUAUAGAUGAUCUUUCAAAAAAAAAGAAUGUGUGUGUACUUUGUGCGCACGUAAGAAGUUAUACUUCUAUUAUAUGAUUUCAACGAAAUAAAUAUACUUUCAACAGGAUAUUUGUAUUUUAUUUAAAGAUUAAACUAAUUUUUACUUACUACUUUACAAAAAUGUUUAUUAAAAUAAUAUCAAAAUAAAAAAAAUCAGAAAACACACGCAUUCGAACCGGGGACCUCUCGAUCUCCAGUCGAACGCACUACCACUGAGCUAUACUACCUUUGUAUUUACGGAUUACAAGAUUUCCAGACAUAGUGUCAAAUAGAUCAAGUGAAGUGUGUAAAUACUUUAAAUAUUACUUACUAUCUUAUUCCCGAGGAAGACAAAUCCAAAGACACAAAAAUUAUAAUAAAUAUAUUUACUAAAAUCACUAAUAUAUUCUUUCCACACCCGUUUUGGACUGAUACAUACAUAACUUAAAAUAUUUAGCAACGAACUCCAUACUGUCUGUGUGCGCAUGCGCGCAGAAUAAUAAAAAUUCACUCCCAAUCGCGUCUAAAGAAAUAUAACUUUAAAAAGUAAAGAUUAUUGCGGAAAAUUGUACUUUCUAAAUCAUUUCUUAAAUCCAACUGAUUUCUUUAAAAAUUGAACAUAUUUUUAGAAUUCAAAAUUGAAAACAGAGUGCCUGCCAAAAUAAGUGUAUUAUAUAUUCACCAAUUUUCAAAAGGACAUAGUUAGGAACAUAUCUGUCCAGCGCUUAGUCAAAUUAGAUUUUUUACUGAAGUGGACUUGAAUAGGAAAUAUUUACGUGGAAUAAGAAAAACCAUUGAUGAUUGGUUUGGAAUAAAAGAAGUGUAACUGUGCCUGUAUAUACAUUUUUUAUAUAGUGUAAUAAUAUUUUCUCUAUAAUAUUAGUAUCAAAAAGAAUGUUUCAAAGUAAAUUCCCAAUACAUUAAAGAUGUUCACCAAUUCGCGUUAACUGAAAUUGAUAUACAGUGUGGUUUCUGUCUUCAAAUAGCAAUAUUAUAAAGUUACUAGAUAAAUAUUACAGUGUACCUCAAGAGAAAUUUAACACAAUCGUUACUAAAAUCAAGGUAUCUAUCAAAUUAAAGUACUCAAUUUUGGUAUUAAUUUAAGGGUACACUCCGAUUUCGAUAGAGAGCGGUUCCCGACUUCAUCCAAAAAAAUACAUAGGUCCCGAAACUACAAAAACAUUAAAAUGCAUAAAUAUUUGCCUUAAUUUCUCAUUUACCACCUUAAUUAUCAUUAUCAUUGGCUGUAUAACCCAUGGUCAGUCUUGGCCUGUUUCAGAAUCAGCUUCCCUUCCUUCCUAUCCUUCGCCUUGGUUUUCCAAUUUCGCACUCACUAACAUUCUUAAGUCGUCUACCACCCGGUUCUUAAAUCGUCGCUCGGCCUGCCUGUUCUCCUCACUCCAUCCGGUCUCUGGCUGUAAAUGGGGAUGUUGUUGCUUCUUCUGUGAAAAUGCUUCACCGUUUUCAGGGUCGAGUGGCUUUUCACUGAAGCUGGUUGAGAAGAUUUUGACUAAGUUGCUAGUUGCGCCUCCCCAGAACUUCCGAAUUACUUUGUGGCUUUACACAACAAGUGGCCUUACACUUGGAAUUCUUCAAAGUUGCUUACGGGUUCCUUCAGUUUUCCUUCCUCGUGGCCUUACACUCGGAACUCAAAUACUAAGUCACUAAUUCUCCAAUUUCCCAAUUAACGAUCAAAAUCGAUUAAAAAAGGCUUUACUUUUUCCAAUUAGAAAUCCUACUGAUUGCGCCACUUUUAUUCUGUAUAAAAUGAUGUGUGUUCGUUGAAGAAUCAAGUAACGAAACUACUGAAGGAAAUGCACCAGUUUAUUGAGAUGUUAACAGCUUAGGGUACAAAACGAUACUGAAUUCUAAAUUAAUGAAUACAAACUAUUUCUUAAAAUCUUUCAUAGUCCUGGCACAUAUCAUUGACACCUCGAAAUUAUCAGCGUGGGUGUUUCUCAGCUCCGAUGUAGUCUAGAUAUUGGAAUAAAAACUCACACAGUGGCGUGCUCGCCAUAACAUUUGUACACUCCCAUUAAAAAUGGUCCCUCUUGUUGUUGUUUUCAAUUCUCUAAUAGCUUUCUCUAGGGCAAUGUUGAAUAGAAGGCGACGAUCUUCUUGUCGAAGUCCUGUUUGUAUCUGGAAAGUUCUUGAUAUUCCAUUCUGCACUCUAACCUUACACUCGACUGUUGAGAGGGUUGCUUUCACCAACCCACUAAGUGUAUUGGGAUAUUAAAUUCUACUCUCAUUUAACUUCCAUAAUAAGAGAAUUAUUUUAAAAACUUUAAUAUUAUUUAACUUUUUUAAAAUAGAAAUAUUUAAAAUUUCGCUUUUGAAGUUAUUCAGUUAUCAUCAUCAUUAUCUUGGUAUUACAGCCCUUAAAGGCUGUAGCACCUUCUCAAGCUUUCUGCGCCAUUCUAUUUUGUCCCUUGCUUGGAUUUUCCAGUUGGCAACACCGAUCUUCUCAGCAUCCUGUAAAACUACGUCUGUCCACCUCAUCUCUGGUCUACCACCUCUUAUAAUUCCCACUGGUUGCGCUGUUAGAAUUAUUUUUAUCUUGUUCGAUUCCGGGGCCCAGGCUACAUGUCGUACCCACUGCAGGCGGUUUCUCUUGAUUAUAGUGGUAAUAUCUUUUCCGUCAAACUUAUGCUUGUAGAUAUUCUGCAGUUUAUAUUCCCCCUCCUCAGCUAACCUGAUUAUGUAACCUCUUGUAACAAUUAUAAUACUAAAUGGUUAGCUUAUGUUUUAGUCCUUGACAACAAUUUUUUGUGGUACUACUAUUUAUAUGUUAUUAUAUUUCAGCGUUCUGAUACUUAUCUAAAUUCGAGCGGCCUGCUUUUGUUACGCUAUCACGUAGGAUGACCUGUAUUACGAGUUUUCGGAUGGUAUGGUAUGGUAUCGUAAUUUUGAAUAUUGUGAUCCCACUAUGGGUGCGUUGAAUAUUUCUACACAAAUCUACUACUAUCUACUAAUACUAUCCUUCUACAACAAAUUACCUAAAAGUGACGAAACGUUGAAAUGGGCCCACACACUGGUCGUUUACGAAAAACACUAUCUGUUCACAGAAUGACAGAUUUAUUUAAAUUUAGCGAAAUGACAUUAAGAAAAUUAGUAGUACUUGCUUGAACGUAUAAUAAUGUUGAAAGUAUUAUAAUAUAAAUAUUAUUACACUAUUUGAUAUAGAUAUUUCAAAAUUGGUGCUUACGGCAUUGAUAAAAACAGGCUGAAUUUUGUGAUCUUUUUCUUUAUCGUUAGGGUGGCUCUCUAACCUGAAGAAAUUAGUUGUGCGCCAUUUUCUGUAGUUGGUUAGAAACCAAAGAUGCAAUUAUUAUGAAUAGUACUAGUUACUCGUUUAUUUUUCUUUCUCGAAUUUUGACCAUUUCACAGCCGACUAAAAAAAUUAUUGUACUGUUAUUUUUUUUACUUUUCGAUGUAUUGGGGUAUCUGACAAGUAUUAGAUUAAGUGGAAAAUUUUAUUAUUAAGUUUAUUUCAUGAUAAAAAAUGAUUUCAAUUAAAGACAACAAGAUGACAACUUUUUAGUGUUUAGCAACUUUGAAUGAAACAACAAAUGUAUUGUAUAAAAAUAAUAUUAAAUAUUUUAUUGAGUGUAGGUAUACUUUAUAAACUAAUAAUAAAUAAUGACUUUAUAAUAAUUAUACUAGGCUCUUUGAAGAAGUCUUUGUUUAGUUCCAUAUUUAUUGAGCUAAUAAUUUCCUUUUUGGGGAAUACUCUUACACUUACAGGUUGCCACGUCUUAGUCUUUUUCGGUGCAUAUGAGCUCUGCUGGGUAUCUUAAUUAAUAUCACUACAAUCUAUACUCUUAUUAAUACUACUUGGAAUGGACAUAAAAGUUAAUAGAUGCACUGUUUUUCUAUUUACAUCAGCCUAAAUAUCAGUAACGUCAUUUUCAAACAAUCGUCUACGUGUCUUCUGUAGAAGACUCAUCAAAAGAUUCAUCUUUGGUAACAAUAUUUUGAGAUUCUUUAUCAAAAGCGAAAGUGUCUUUUAAGUCACUAUGUAAAACGUCUUUUUUAGGAAAACCAGUGGCAUCUUGUGUGGUAUUGACAUAAUCGACUUAACUAUUUUGAGUACUGUUUAUUGUAUGUAUUUGUGUACUAAUUACCGAAUCAUUGAUUUCAUUAACAGGAGGUAAACUUUUGGAUAAAUCAGGAGGUUGUUGUUCUUUAUCGCCUGUACUGGAAUCACUGUCUAGCGAAUCCAUUCGCCCGAGUUAAUCUGACUCCGCCUAAAAUUUAAUCUUACUGGGUUAAACUCUUUACUUAGCAUCUGUAUUUUUUUCUAUGUCAGCGUUUUCUAAUGCAAAUUCGAAUACCGCACUAAAUUCAUCUGGCCCAUGACUAGAAGUCUUCAGGCUAGCUGUCUUUUUUUUCAUCGCUCAUCGAUCGCUGAGAUAGCUCUUUGUACAGACGUUUUGGUGGUAAGUUUUUCGUCAUCAUGACAGAUUUGGCAACAGAAUUCAGAGUUUUCUGUUUCGUAAUGCAUAGUUGGUUAAGGUUAAUUGACUGUUACAACCUGUACAACGAAACAAGUACAAUGAAACAGUAAUUUGGCUAUGUUUAGGCGCUAGGAAGGAAGCAGAUGUCAUGACUCAAGAACAUUCGCUAUUGAACAAGAAUACGCAGUGCCGAACAGCUAUUCUGAUUAGCUAAAGACCGUAAACAACUCACCAAUGAGAUUGGCAACGUUAAGUGGAACUAAUAUGGCACUGAAAGAAGAAGGCGCUCAUCCAUGAAUACUGGUAGACCGCAUUUUGCGCAAAGCUCUCUGCGCAGCUUGUCUGUGGGAGUUAGAGCCACCUGAAACAGUAAAAAGAUUCUAUGUAUACAACAUACAAUUACACGAAUUUUUGAUGUACUACUGCAUGAAAGCAAACGUACUAAGUACUAUAUUAAAUAUCUACUUUAUUAAAUGUGGACGGCCGUAGCUCGGCGGCAAGAUAUUGGCUUCCUAAGCCAGAGCUCCCGAGUUCAAAUCUCGUCACUAACAAUAUUUUCAUUUCUAAAAAUGAUACGAGCCGUUUACCGUGCUUUGGAGGAUACGUUAAGCCGUCGGUCCCCUGGGCUAGUGUAAGCAUCGACACUAGCUACUUCAGACAGUUUAUUGCUCAGUUUAUUUUCAUUACACCUACUCUACUGUACUGAUCUUUCAUUACCAAUGAACUUCUUCCUGGCCCAUAUUGUAUAUAAUUUUAUAGUUUUUAUACCAUCUUUUACUGAUUAAUGUUUUUCCUUAGUUGGAAUGUUAAUUCCAGAUGUUUCUUGUUGUUUUGGAGCUCCACCUAAUAGGGAACUUGCAUAAAUUUUUAAAUUCGAAAAAAAUGUUAUAAAUCACCACACAACAUAAUUUAAAACAUGUAUCAAAGAAAAAAAAGUUUUGUUUGUCUUUCGUUUGGCCCCUAAAGACGAUUAAAAAUUCAAAUUUAAACAGGUGGUCCAAAACGCAUCGUGACGUCACUUGGCUUUACAUUUACAUUUUUCCAAUAAAGUAAACAGAAUUUUAAAUUAGACGUUAUAAACGUCAGUAGAAAAUACAUUUAUGUGACGUUACAAGUGUUUUUGAUCGUUUGAACUAUUCAUAGAAAAUUUCGUACUUUUACAAAAUGGUUUUAUUUUCAAUAGUAAACCUUCGUUACUUUCCUUCAAAAACAGUAUAAAACUACAAUUUUAACAAACUAGUAUAUUAUUAUUACAAUGACAUACGAUAAAUGUCAUUAGAAUAUAAAUAUUUUUGACUUAUUCCACGACGAUGAACUUGCCAAAUACCCAAGUAGGUGGAGGCCAAUAAACUAAAGAAGGAGAAGAAGAAUAUACCUAAAUAUAAGGUUGUGUCUAGGUAUACGUUACCGUGUACGCAAAUAAAAAAGUUAGAGUGUCAGUGAAUUCUUAUUUUUUAUUUGUUUAGUGUUUGUUUUUAAAUUAACUACGGAGUGUGGACAAUUAUUUAGUUCUUUUAAUGGGUUUAAGAACAUUUUAAAACAGUACGAAAAAGAUAAGAGACUAUAAAUUAAUAUAUAUUUUUUUUAGUUAUAAAUGAAAUAGUAUGUAUUACCGUAAAAGAUUAAAAUAAAAAGAAGACCUAAAGCUUUCACAAUAAUAAUAAACUUGUUCUGAAGCUAUUAUCCUUGUGGCAUUUUUGUAAUCAACUAUUCUAAAUGGGAACUAAGCCACAAUUUAACCAAAAAAUAAUUUUAUUAACGUUUCGACGUCGUUGUCAAAAUACAAAAUAUUAUUAAAUUAAACAAAAAUGGUGUUGCUUAGUAAAAAAUUUUUCUAAUAAUUUAUUUAAUAUGACUAAUUUUUGUAUUUUGACAAUGACAUCCGAUUUGGACGUCGAAACGUUAAUAAGAUCAUUUUUUUAGUUAAAUUGUGGCUUAUUUCCCAUUUAGAAUAGUUGAUUAUAAUAAUUAACUUACGUAUAAAAAUUAUUUUAACAAUAUUUUGUACGUGUUAUGUCAACUAAAUACAUAUAUUUAUUUUGCUAUAUAUAUACUUUAAUAUAUACAUUGAUUUAUUACCAUUAAGUUUGAAACAUCUGAAUAGUUCUGCUUCCCUUCCUUUAACAAAUAUUUUUCUAUCAAACACACGCUAAACAUAUCAAAAUAGCAUGUACCAAAAUAUACAGUCACUGCGCACGCUAAAUAAUAACGUCACUGGCUUGAUGAAGUUUAAUUCGCGUGUAUAUACCUAACUUUUUUAUUUGCGUACACGUUAGCGUGUACUUAGACACAGCGAAAUAUAACCAUAAUAAUAACUAAUGUAAAACUAUGUGACGUCACGGGUCGUUUGAACUAUUUUAUACCGCUGAAGACUUUAAAUACGUAUUUCUAAGUUAUUACGAGUUUUUGAAGCGUGAAAUUUUGGAAAUCUCAUUUUUAAACAAAACUGAACAUUAUUAUGCAAUAAAAAAAAUUGUGCAAGUUCCCUAUUGUCUCUCUUCUUCCGGAAACAAGCUACAGUGUACUGGAUUAAUGUUUAUGUUCACCAAUAGAUGGAAAAGGUUAAUAGUUGAUUGCAGUAAGAACUCGUAAUCAGUUUUAACGAGAACUAAAUUUGUAUGACAGUUGUCCUUUUAAUUCUUCUUCUUAAAGUUCGCUCUCCUAUCGGAGGUUGGAUAUCAUAAUGGUUAUGGUCACUUUGUUGGCUGCUGCUCUGAACAGUUGUAAUGAACUACAGUUAAACCAUUCUCUAAGGUUCCUCAGCCAGGAGAUGCGUCUUCUUCCUAUGCUUAUUCUUCCUUGGAUCCUUCCUUGCAUAAUAAUUCUCAGCAACUCGUAUUUUUCUCCUCUGGUAAUGUGACUCAAAUAUUCCAGUUUUCUAGUUUUUAUACUCUUCAUAAUUUCUAUCUCCUUAUUUAAACGUCCUAGCACUUCAACAUUGGUAAUCCUUUGAACCCACUGAAUUUUCAAUAUUAUUCUGUAACACCACAUUUCGAACGCUUCUAUUCUUCUUAUGUGUUGUCUCUUCAAUGUCCUUCCAUUCAGUAUAGCAAUAUAGAAAAUAUGUAGCAUCUUAGAGCCCUCAAUCUGAGAGGCAACUGAAGGUCUUUGUUUGUAAGCAGUGUCUUCAUUUUUAUAAAUGCUUGCCUUGAAGUUUCAAUUCGGACUUUCAUUUCUUUGCUUUGGUCAUUUUUGUCAUCGACCCAGGUUCUCAGAUAUUUGUAUGUCUUUACUUCUUCUAUUUGGGUUUGUUCUAUCAUUAACCUUUCAUUUCCAUGUUCUGUUUUUGAUACGAUCAUAAAUUUAGUUUUUUUCUUGUUUAUUUUUAGUCCGUAUCGAAUGCAAUAAUCGUUAAUUCUAUUUAGCAAUUCUUGUAGCGAUUCCUGGGUGUCUGCCAUUAUAACGGUGUCAUCAGCGAAUCUUAUGUUAUUUACUAUUCUUCCGUUUAUAGAAAUUCCACCACUUAACUCCGCUAUCGCUUCCUGAAAAGAGGCUUCACUGUAUAGGUUAAACAGUAGCGGCGACAGAACACAACCCUGUCUUACCCCUCUCUUUAUAUCAAUAUUCUCGGAUUCUUGUUGUUCUAUCUUUAUAUUCGCCUUUUGAUUCCAAUACAGAUUUAUGAUAAUUCGUAAAUCUCGUCUGUCUAUAUCUCUGUUUUUCAAUAAUCCUAUUAGUUUGUCAUGUCGGACCCUGUCGAACGCUUUUUCGAAGUCGAUGAAACAGGAAUAAAUGUCCAGGUUCAUAUCUAAGCAUCUUUGAGAGAGGACAUUAAACGCAAACAAUGCCUCUCUUGUUCCAAGUCCUUUGCGGAACCCAAAUUGGGUAUCAUCCAUAUCAUAUUCCAGCUUUCUGUAUAAUCUUCCAUGAACCACCUUUAGAAAUAUUUUGAGGGUAUAGCUUAUUAUUGAUAUUGUCCUAUAGUCCGAACAAUCUUUGGCAUAUAUUGUUUUUGGUAUUGUUACAAAGGUGGACACCAACUAUUCCUGAGGGAUUUUUCCGGUUUUAUAUACUUUAUUAAACAGAUCCAGUAGUACAGGUAGAGUUUCAUCGUCUAGACAUUUCAGUAAUUCCGCAGGUAUUUCGUCUGGACCUACAGUUUUUCCGUUUUUUUUUUCCGUUUUUUGCGCAUUUAAUACGCGUUUUUGCGUUUUUUCCUUUUAAUACAUACAUAAUACUUUUCGCAGUAUAUUCAUUUUUUUACUAUUUUUGUUACAAUAUUUUGUUAAAUAUUAUGUUUAUGUGGAAUUAUUUUGUUGUCAUGUUAAUAAGCUCUGUAUGUAAAAUAGGAAUUUUCAUACUUUCUAAAAUUGAUUAAUAAUAAAAUUUUCCAGUGUUGCCGAAAGAGAUUGAAAACGUAUGCGAAAAGUUUUUAAUCAUUUUCGUUUUUACAGGGUUAGCCAAUAAGAUGAUAUACUUCAUAAUAUUAAACUCAUAUAUGUGUAACUCAAUAAUAAUGAUUAACGUUACUUUUGGUUGAUCCUGUAGUUUUGUUCAUUUUGCGUACAAAUGAUUUUUAAAUAUACAAUGUUUUAAAUAAGAUGAUAAUGUUUAAUCUUAAUACUAAACAUAUGAAAUUAUAUUUUAAAUUAUAAUAAAUGUUUUAAAUAGUGAAACUAUUUUAAAAUUUUUAAAAGAAUGUGUGAAUACAAGUGAUCCGGCGUUUUUUGUUUACGGUGUAAUAGACUUCCAGGGCAAAACUAUAGUUAUCUGAAUAAUUUUUUACAAUUUUCUUUACUGCUUCUUUCGGGAAUUUGACAUUUAGUGAUUCUUCAUAUUAGGUGAUUAUUGAUUCGGCUUGGAAACGAACAAUCUUAACUUGUGCUUCCAUUUUAACACCAAUUGGUACCCACACUAUACUAAAUUUAAAAUAAAGAUGCAGUAGAAAUAAACAAACCACGACACGUUAAAUGCUACUAGGAACACUACCGAAUCAUAAUUUACAAUGUAAUAUACAUUGUAAAUCCCACAUCAUGAUUUCCAAAGUUUAUACAUUGUAAAUUAUGAUUCGGGAGUGCUCCUAGUAGCAUUUAACGUGUCUUGGUUUGUUUAUUUCUACUGCAUCUUGAUUGUAAAUUUAGUAUAGACUUAAUAUUGCCAUUUUUAUUUUUGUCCCUUUUUGUUGCUUUAUUCAUUUACGCAACCUGAUCCUGCAACAUGCGUCCGUUGUUAUUAGUUCUCUUUAACUAUCAAAUAUCCAGAGUCGUACAACAUAAUUGGUAUAACUGUAAUAUUAGAGACUUUACUUUUAGUGCAAUUUUUCUGUCACGAACAUACCUUUCGCUUUCUUUCAUUUUGUUCAACCUGCUGUAGUUCUAGGUAUGUGCAUAUAUUUUCCCAUUGCUCUAUAAUGCCGAUGCUAUAUAAUCUAAACAUGUCAGAGAUGUAAACAUGAUAUACAAUUUGAUCUGAGAGUUAUGAUAUACAAUUUGAUCUGUAUAGUAUAAGAAUUAAACUUAUAAUUGACACUUGUUUACUUUUUCUGGAAAUUAUUUUUGAUAACUGUAUGUUGCCAUUCAUGUUUUACAAUAUUCUUUGAUCAGUUUUUUAUGUUACCAUUGAUGCAAUAUUUUUUUACAAAAAUUACGUUUACUAUAUUUUUACAAGUAAUUCUUUUGAGUUGCAUGUUAUUAUUUUUGUACUUAGCAAUUGUUUAUUCUUAAAAUCUCUUUUAAAUAUCGUUGAUUAGAUGUAUUUAUCGAAGCUGGUUUCCUUGUUAACAAGCAUUAUAAAAUUUCAAAAAUUUCUCAUUGUUAACAAUGAUUUCAGA